GUUUAGAACGUGAUGACGUCUCUUCGGAUAGAGUAUUAUGGGCUAUCCAGCAGCAAGCGUUAUUGAGGCAGAGAGCUGAGGUUGAAGUAAACAUGGAGCUCUCCGCCGUCGGGGAGCGCGUCUUCGCCGCCGAAUCCAUCAUUAAACGGCGCAUCAGGAGAGGACGGAUGGAGUAUCUGGUCAAGUGGAAAGGCUGGUCUCAGAAAUACAGCACCUGGGAACCAGAGGAGAAUAUUCUGGACGAGCGUCUUUUCGCUGCAUUUGAAGAAAGAGAGCGCGAGAGAGAGCUGUAUGGUCCAAAAAAGAGGGGACCUAAACCAGAAACAUUUUUAAUGAAGGCAAAAGCAAAAGGCAAAAACUACGAGUUCAGACGGGAAAUGUCUCGAGACUUACAUGUGUCAUUCCCAGUAGCUGAACCGAUUGUGACUCCCAGAGCCCGUGAGGGACUGCGGACAGUCGUGCCAACGAUUUUCCCACCAAGCACCAUCAACAGAGGCGAAAGUGUUCGUGUUCGUCCACCGGAUUUUGAGCGAGACCCACUGACACUGGAUUUUGCCAGCUCACCAAAAAAGCGAGGACCAAAGCCAAAGUUGCGUCCGGGAGGUUCAUCCACUGAAGGUGUUAAAAGAAAGGCAGAUGAACCGUUAUCUUAUCGUCCUUCCAAAUCCGAGAGAUCAGGAGAGACCUCGAACUGUGAUGUCAUCCAUGUAACCCAAAAGUUUCCAGCAGAAUCCAGCCUCGUUCAGAAGCCAAGUGAUGUCAAAUUCACACAUGGUGGCACCAUCUUAAAACCUGGGCCAGGUGUUGUGGGACAUCGACGGAAGGACAGCUCAAGUGGUGCCAUAAACCAAUCCAAGAUGAAACAUCCUCCCCAAAACAGUCUAUUUCGAUCCACCGCUCAAACCAGAGAGCAACUGUCUCUGAGUUUUGUCGACGAAACCGAUCAGUCCUGGCUGCCUUGUUUGAAGAACAUGGAGAAAAUUGUUGUUACUGACGUAACCAGUAACUCUUUGACUGUCACCAUAAAAGAGAGUUCAACGGACAAAGGUUUCUUCAAAGAAAACAGAUGAUGUGAUUUUUAGUUUAUGUAUGUAUGUGUCUAUGAAACAUUGUAAUCAAAUUAGAAAACGUCAUACAUUUCUAUAUCAUUUAUAGUCUAUAAAUGUCAAGUCUUGCAAUCACGUACAUAAUGCAAAAAAAAAAAAAAAAUCUAUAUAUAUAUAGUUUAUGUUUAGCUUCCAUUUCCAUUCACAUUUUCUAUGAAAAUGAAGUUUAUUUUUGUAUUUCUCAGAUUGUGUGUAACCUGUUGGUUCCUUCUUUUGGUUGCCUUCUUCAGCUUUAUCAUGAAUGUAGGUAUAGAUGCUGUUAACACAUUAGCUAUUACUUAAUGCACCUUUUUAAGGGACAUGUUGUUUAGUACCUCUUUUAUGAGCGUAUGGUAUUUUUCUGGUUAGAUUUUGUUUAUAUUUGAAGCUCCAAACAGUAGUCUGUAUUAAAACACACCCUUUAAAAAGAGUGAUGGGAAAUAAGCUACACAUGUAAUCAAACCCGGUUUAGGCUCAUUUUAGGCCUAAAUGUAUAAGGCACAAGCAUUUAGGGUUUAGAUUCGUAUUUCGUUAUAUUUCGUUUUUCUGAUGAACAUGUGGAUUUAAACAUUUCAAUAUGAAGCUGCUUUACGAUCCUUUUCCCCCUUCAAAAAACGAAAGCGUGUUUGAUUGCUACAAAUAGUGAUAAAUUAAACAUGAUAGCCUAUUAAGUUGAAAUGAUGUCAACCUGUUUAAGAGUUAAGUAUUUUUGCAGAGAGAACAAUGUGUAUCACAUCGAAAAUAAAAGUGUAAUUUAGGCUAGCUAUGUAUAAUAUAUUCAAAACCUAUUUUUAACCUAUCAUUUUAAAAUAAUUUAGUUUACGCGUUCUUUAAAACCCGGAAGUCCUAUAAAUCGGGUUUUUAUUACAGACAGUGCUUAUAAACGGACAAAAAAACCCGAUAUAUAAUAUUUUAAACAGCAUGUCGGCAUAUUUUGAAAGAUUUGAAAUCGUCUGAAAGACUUGUACGCUGUUGUAAUUACAUUCAAAAAUUGUAAAAAGUGGAAACCAGCUGGCCAAAAAAACAAUCAUUCGUCGUAACUCAGAUGUUCACUCCUUUUUAAUCUCGUUUCUAUUAUCUAACAUAUUAUAAACAUAAUAUUAUAUAAUAUUAUUAGAUUACAAUUGUUUAAUUUUAUAAAUGGUAUAAUUAAGAAUAAUAA